AUCGUAUAAUUGUUAUAAGUAAGUGGAAAUCUAUUGUUGUUGUGGGACAAAUUUGCUUCUUGAGCAAAAACUCAACUAUUCUUUAGAGAGAGAAAGAGAGUUAGAGAGAGAGGUAGCACGACUUGCGUUGAAAUCGUGGGGGACGAUUUGGUUGAGAGGUGCAUGUCUUGUUUCUCUCUGUCUCUGUCUCUCUCUCUUGAACUAGAAAAAUCCUCAGCAUUUCAAACACAAAACCUCAAGAAUUAUAAUAAUUAAACAAUGAUGCCAACCGCGUCGUUUAGCUCGAAGCGGUCGACUAACAGCCACGGGUUUGAGUUACCGGGAAACUCCUCGCCGUCGUCGGUCGGCGGUGCAAUGCUGCCGAAGUUUCUCAACGACCUCAACCAGGACUUGGUCGAAGUCACAUUGGAGCUCGACGAUGACGACGACGGCUCAAUUGUCGUGUGCAGCGUCGCUCCCGCAAACGAUGACUUGACGUCGUCGGAGGCCGCGGCGGCGAACGGGAUUCUACGGAGGAGUCUUUCGGCGACGUCGAGGAGUAUUCGGCGGACGUUCGGGUGGUUGAAAUCGGCGUCUUCGAGGACGACGGCGUCGAACUCGGAGUCCGUGGCGGAGUUCACUCUGUCGGCUCGCGAGGCGAGGAGGAUGAAGGCCAAGCUUCAACGGACGAGAUCGAGCGCGCAGAGAGCUCUCAAUGGGUUGAGAUUCAUCAGCAAGACGAAUGCCGGAGGAAGUGACGCGGCGGAGCAGUGGCUGCAAGUGGAGGCGAGGUUCGAGUCGCUCGCCAAGGACGGCUUGCUCGCCAGUGCAGACUUCGGUGAAUGUAUAGGGAUGGGGGACUCGGAGGAGUUUGCGGUGGGGAUAUUUGAUGCAUUGGCGAGAAGGCGGCGGCAGAAGAUAAGCAAAAUUACGAAAGAGGAGCUUCGCGACUUUUGGUUGCAGAUUUCCGACAACAGCUUCGACGCGCGCCUUCAAAUCUUCUUUGACAUGGCGGAUAGCAAUGACGAUGGAAGAAUCACAAGGGAAGGAGUUCGAGAGCUUAUAAUGCUCAGUGCUUCUGCAAACAAGCUAUCUAAGCUGAAAGAACAAGCUGAAGAUUAUGCUUCAUUAAUAAUGGAAGAACUUGAUCCCGAAAACUUCGGUUACAUUGAGUUAUGGCAAUUGGAAGCAUUGCUUCUACAAAGAGAUGUGUACAUAAACUACAGCAGACCAUUGAGCACAGCAAGUGUAUCUCGGAGUCAGAACCUCAGUUCCUUGAAGCCCAAGAAUGUGGUCCGGAGACUGAGCCGUUCACUUCAGUGUCUCAUACUCGAGAACUGGCAGCGCGGUUGGAUUCUACUGCUGUGGGUUGUUGCAAUGGCUUCCCUUUUUGGCUGGAAAUUCUACCAAUACAGAAAAAAUAGGGCUGCAUUUCAGGUCAUGCACUAUUGCUUGCCAGUGGCCAAAGGGGCUGCAGAGACUCUCAAGCUUAACAUGGCUCUCGUACUCCUACCGGUCUGUCGAAACACGCUGACAUGGCUUCGAUCUACAAGAGCUAGGUGCUUCAUCCCUUUUGAUGACAACAUUAAUUUCCACAAGAUAAUUGCAUUUGCUAUAGCAAUUGGAAUAAUCAUUCACGCCGGGAACCAUCUGGCAUGCGACUUUCCUCGCAUAGUAAACUCAUCGCCAGAAAAAUUUGCACCGCUAUCCUCAGAUUUCCACAACAAAAAGCCCUCCUAUGAAUUCCUACUCACCGGAACUGAAGGCACGACUGGAAUUUUGAUGGUGAUUUUAAUAGCCAUCUCAUUCACUCUAGCAGCACGUAGAUUUCGGAGGAACUUGGUGAGGCUUCCUGCUCCGUUCAACAAGUUGACUGGGUUUAAUGCGUUCUGGUAUUCUCAUCAUCUGCUAGGUCUUGUCUACAUAUUGCUAAUCAUACAUGGAAGCUGCUUGUAUUUAGCCCACAAGUGGUACGAAAAAACGACAUGGAUGUACAUCUUUGUUCCAUUGUUGCUCUAUGUGGCAGAGCGCAGUCUGCGAACUUGUAGAUCGAAGCAUUAUUCUGUUAAGAUGUUCAAGGUUUCGGUCCUACCCGGAAACGUGAUUAGCUUAAUCAUGUCCAAACCACCUGGAUUUAAGUACAAAAGUGGGCAGUACAUAUUUCUACAAUGCCCUACAAUCUCCCCAUUUGAAUGGCAUCCAUUUUCCAUUACCUCAGCGCCAGGAGAUGAGUACCUCAGCGUUCACAUCCGAACAGUAGGAGACUGGACUCGAGAAUUGAAGCGAGCCAUAGCGGAGGAAGAUGAUUCAUCCCCUGCAGUACAUUCGGCAAGAUUUGUUCAGAUUCGAAAUCUGGAUCGGAGAGGCCAACCCAGAUUGUUUAUCGACGGUCCAUAUGGGGCGCCAGCGCAGGACUACCAGAGCUACGAUGUCUUGCUCCUCGUGGGGCUUGGGAUUGGAGCUACCCCUUUCAUAAGCAUUCUUCGAGAUCUCCUCAACAGCACAAGAACAGCACAAGAACAAAUGGAUUCAAAUACAGAAACUAGUAGAUCAGACGACAGCCAAAAUAGUUUUACGUCUUCAAGUUUGACGCCCGGUGACAAGAAGAAAUCACAGAGGACUAUGAAUGCUCACUUCUAUUGGGUUACCAGAGAGCUUGGCUCCUUUGAGUGGUUUAAAGGAGUCAUGGAUGAGGUUGCAGAAAUGGAUCACAAAGGUCAGAUUGAACUACACAACUAUCUUACGAGUGUCUACGAAGAAGGUGACGCUAGGUCGACCCUAAUCACCAUGGUCCAAGCUCUAAACCACGCCAAACAUGGCGUCGACAUCCUGUCUGGCACCCGAGUAAGAACUCACUUCGCAAGACCGGAUUGGAAAGAAGUGUUUACCAAGAUAGCUUCCAAGCAUCCGUAUUCAACAGUAGGGGUAUUCUACUGUGGGAUGCCGAUGUUGGCAAAGGAGCUGAAGGUGCUAUCACAUGAACUCAGUCACAAGACAUCGACACGGUUUGAAUUCCACAAGGAGUAUUUCUAAAACUAGAAGACCACCAUCGUCAAAGUACCAAGUAGCAAUAUUUUUCUAAUCAUACGGAGUAUCCGUAGAGAAAGAUAAAUAUAAAUGUAUAAGGAUAGUAGCUUGGAAAGAUGUAAAUGUAACUGUUUUUCAUACA